AUUUUAAAUUGAACAGCAUCCCGCGCUUUUUAUAUGUAGAUCGUUCUAUUUUUUGACAGUUUUACCUGCAUUUAUUAUUAUUGCUUCAACACAAUCGCUCAAUAUGACUAUGGAAAGUACAAAUAUAUAUAAAAAUUUGUCUUCUUCUUGCACCGACUUUACAAAAGCUUUCAACAAAGAAUUGUGUUUUAGCAAUGAAGGAAAUAUUGUGAGUUCUCCGUUAAGUAUACACAUGAUUUUAUCUUUACUUUCUCAUGGUGCAGAAACUGAAACUUUAAACGAAUUAACUAGUGGUCUCUGUCACCAUGAGAAAAGUUCCAUAAAAGAAGGAUAUACAAAUCUAACAGCUUUAUUGAAUGAAUUAAGUAAUGUUAAACUGUAUAUUGCGAAUGCAAUAUACGUCCAAGACGGAUUCGAAUUGCUAACAGAAUUUUCAACAAUAGGAACAAAUGCUUAUAAAUCUGUCGUUUCAAAAUUAGAUUUUAAACAUAAAACAGAGGCAGCUACAAGAAUUAAUACAUGGGUUGAAGAAACAACCAACCAUACAAUUUCUGAUCUUGUUUCUGCAGAUGAUUUUGACGAACAUAUGAAAUUGGUACUAAUAAAUGCAAUUUAUUAUAAUGGCAUGUGGUUACAUAAAUUUGACAAGAAGCAGACACAGAAGAAAGCAUUUCAUGUGACAAGAAAUGAGAAGAGAAUGGUGGCAACAAUGUUCAAUAAAUCUAAAUACGAUUACGGUGAAAUACCAACGUUGGAUGCAAAAUUUAUCGAAAUUCCAUAUAUGAAUAAAGAUAUUGUAAUGACUGUACUCUUACCGAAUGAAGUGGACGGACUGAAAACGUUGCAAAACAAUUUUUCCUUGGACAUACUUGAAAAUGCAUCCCGAACUAACGCUGAAAUUGAAUUAUAUCUUCCAAAAUUCAAAAUAGAAUUUAUGGUGGAUUUAAAAAAGAUUUUGCGCAAGCUCGGCUUAAACACAAUGUUCCAAGACAAUGCAGACUUUGGUCGCAUUUCAAAUGUACCCCUAAAGGUCAGUAAGGUGUUACACAAAGCUAUGAUAGAAGUUAAUGAAGAGGGUACAGAAGCUGCAGCUGCCACAGUUGUACACAUGAGACUUCGACGGAUGAUAUAUAUGCCAGAACAAUUUUUGGUUGAUCGGCCAUUCAUGUUUAUAAUUCAACAUAAACCAAGUAACGUACCACUCUUCGUUGGAUGUGUAAAAGAUAUAAAGUCUGUAUCCGAAAAAGACGAGUUAUAA